AUGACGCCCGUAACUAGAACUGAGGGCGGUCUGUGGCAAUGCCACGCAACGGUCUUGGCUGUUGCACGAAUGGGCAGGUCCAACCGGCGGGAAGUGGAAGUGUUAUACUUCUGCGUUUCGUCUAGUGACAUUUGCAACCCUAGGGGUGGCCAGAUCAGAUGGACCGCCAGCACAAUUGCCGCUUUCUCACAUCCCUCGAAGCCCUACUCUGGACAGCGAGUAUUUAGUGCA